AUGUCUUCGUCUAUUAUUCAGCUUGAGUGUCAAUGCAACAAGGGAAAGGAUUCUCUUGCUGCUCGUUAUGCAGCUGCUACACCUGGGGGACAUUUCAAGCUUGACGAGUCAAAGGAGUAUGCCGAGCAAUGGAUGGGAACAUACCCAACCACACCCUCCCUGGUUUUGUCCACUGGAGAAGAGCUUCAAAAGCACCUGAACGCAAACAAAGAGAAGCUCAUGGGCAAACCGAUCCUAAACAAAUUUGGAGCCGACCUGCCAUAUCUUCCUAAAAUCCUGUCCAUUGCAAAAGCACUACCUCUCCAGAUCCACCCCGACAAAGACCUAGCGGCCAAGCUACAUCAGAAAGAUCCCGAGAAAUUUGGAGACGCAAACCAUAAGCCCGAGAUUGCCGUUGCUUUGGGAAAGUUUGAAGUAUUCGUUGGCUGGAAACCACUUCUCGAGAUCCAAGCCUUAUUCAACAACAUCCCGAUUCUAAAGUCCAAAUCCAUCAGCUCCUCGCAAACACAUUUCAACACAGAGACUUUGAAGGGUAUUGUUGGGGAAAUGCUGAGUGCGCCAGACUCUGAAAUUGUGGAGAUAUAUGAGACAUUGAAGAAGACACCUGCAAAAGAUUUUGGAAAACAUACUUAUAUCCCGGAACUGCUGCCAAGAUUGGCUGAGCAGUAUGACAAGUCUGACCCAGGGAACCUUGUUGCACUCCUUACCAUGAACUACUUGGUGUUGCAGAAGGGAGAUGCAAUUUAUGUUCCAGCUGAUGGGAUUCACGCCUACCUGAGCGGUGAUAUCGUUGAGUGCAUGGCACGCUCAGACAAUGUGCUCAACACGGGCUUCUGUCCUCGUGCUGAUCGAGAUUCAAUCGACCUAUUUACCGCUGCUCUCACAUUCAGUCCUAAAAAUGCCGAGGAGGCGAUGUUGAAGCCGAAACCAUCAGACAAGGGGAGCAAAGGCCACACAAAGAUCUUGGCACCACCCAUGAGCGAGUUCGACAUGCUGGUUACUGAAUUGGGUGCUGGUGAGAGCGAGACGAUCAAGCCUUUACAAGGGCCCGGUAUCUUGAUCGUGACAGGUGGAAAGGGAGUCAUGAAAGCAGAGGGGAAAGAACAUGAAGUGAAGGAAGGAUAUGUGUUUUUUGUUGGCUACAACACAGAACUUGAGCUUAUAGCCGAGUCCGGCCUUGAGACGCACCUCGCAUUUGCAGAGGCAUAAAUAGAUCCAUAGAGGAGCAUCAAGAGAUUGCAACAUUGAGAACAGUUAUGUAUCAACUCAUUCGCCUCUGGGUCCUCGUGUAAGCAUCAUGCCGAAGCAGGAAAACCAGCACCAACGAUCCGAAAGAAAAGUGGCAUAGCGACAGAGUGUUGACGAAACCCGCGGUCACCGGUAAUGAAACGAGAACAAGACGCUCGGGUUUCGAGGCUCCAGCUAGGUGGUAAAUAUAUGCACACAGACUAGUCGACACGAUACUGGGCAGGAUCUCGUGGCAACUUAAGAGUGUGCAAAGUAGGAAGUAAUGACGGUUCAAAAUGGACAACAUAUAUGCGAUAAAGUCAUUCUAUGGUGCCUGGGCAGUAGUUUACAAAAUCCUCGUGUCCCCAACACCUCGCUAGAAACAAGAAAAAUGCAAGUCAAUCAUCAAAGAGUCUUUCGUUCUUCAGUCGCAGAUGAAGUG